AUGGCUUCAUUAGAGGAGAAACUUCGUUUCAAGAGCGAAGUGUUUCGCUUGACUAAACAAACGUCGAGUAUAUCGGUUGAUGAUCCAUAUUGGGGCAUAUUCUGGAACUGUCCCACGUGUGCAAGCGAUAUAUUUGACCUAUUAAGUGCCACAGAUAUUAGAAACAUACGAGAAACAAAUAAGUCAAACUUCAUUACUUUGAUUAGGGUCAUUGCCCUUCAGUUAGUACACCAAAGUAACACAGUGACAAGUCUAGAUGAAAACACGGCUCUUCUCAAUUGCAUAAGGGUUCUGACGAAGUUCCUGCCAUCCCUGUAUGAAGACCCCUCCCUAGAAGAAGUGGAAAAAAGUUUAUUUUGGUCUCUGGACACAUUGUACAACAGGGAUGCAACUUCUGGAUCACAGUGCUCCGAUGUUGCUACAGUAGCAACUGAAAUAUCCUCCUCGUCCGUGCUUUCAAAUCAACUUCAUGAUUCUUCAAGCACCUCGGCUCAGGUUGAAUUUCAAAGUUCCCAAAAUCAUAUUGAGCAGGCAUCAAUAAAAGCCAAUGUCGGUUCUCCGGACUAUAGUACUGUGCCAUUAGGUGCAAAGCUUGUUUUUACCCUAGUCCAGCUCUUGUUCACCCAAAAUUUUUGCAUAAAAUCCCAGAGUUCAGUUCGAAGCAAAGGAGCAAAACCCAUUGUGGAUUUCUCAAUAUGGGAGCCCGGUAUUGGGUUCAAUGGCCCAUUCAAACCUCCUAAUACCUUUAUCGACAGCAACAGGUAUGAAACGAUGAAACUAUUGAUAACUUUAUGCUCUCGGUGUUUAUACAUACCAUCGUCAGAACUCGUUGCUCAAGGGUCUCGAUUUCUAACGGUGUUGGUGACAGCUAUUCCCAGGUUACAGAUUUUGACACUACUCUCCUCCCUGCUUAAUCUGACUGCUAGGGCUGCACGAGAUCCCAAAGAGAGCGGUUUGGAAAUGAAUAAUUCUCAGUUGAAUAAUUUACGGACUCUGAACGUAACGGCGGCAAUUCAUCUGCUUACUCUCAUGUUUGUAUACCCUCUGCCCAAAAAUAAUCUUCUGUUUCUGCAAGAGCUUCGAAUCUAUGACUCUACUCCAAUCAACUUGGUCCGAUACUACAUGGGAAGGCUCCAUAAAGAAUCGGAAUUGGCAUUUUUGAAGGUCAGCCUUUUCGGUAUUUUAAAAGCUCCAUUGAUAGAAAUGUCCAAACUGGAAAACAGCACAUCUCUUACAGCUAUGAUUAAAGCAAAGACAUACACAAUUCAGCCUUCUCUGUGGUGUACUGAAAUCGUUAUAUUGGUAUGGGAACUGUACCAAUCUAAUAAAAAGUUUAGCCAACUUAUAUCUGCAAAACACUCUGUGGAAUUGUCGCUCAUCUUGCUGUUUUAUAUCAACUAUUACCGCAAGGAUGAGCAUCAUCGUAACCAAGUACGAAUAUGUUCUUACUUUUUCCUGUACUUAACGAAUGAUGAGCAGAUAACUUUCAAUCUCUUGAAACCUUUCAACAGUGCAAUUUAUUCAAGCUUACCCCAAUCAUUCAAAACUCCAACAACCCCAAUAACAUAUAGAGAUUUCUUUAUUGUCCGAAUAUGCACGAUGUUGCUGGAUGAUGAACCUGGGAUCCUGACCUCCAUAUUGAUUGAGAUGUUGUACAAUUUGAUCCCAAUUACUAGAGCGGACUAUCUUUCCAGCCAUACUGACGAAGUGACUGUUUUCCGAAAACGGCCGUUUAACAACAGUGUUACUGUCUGUGAACAGAAUGGCCAAAUAUCACACAGUGCUUCCGCAAAUUUGAUGCAUGUAAUAGUGAAACUAUCCAGACCACAAUACUUAGCCUCAAACUCAUUGCACUCCGAUCUUCUAGGUCUCGUUCUGAGAGCGAUUGCUCAUUAUUUAGGAAAGAACUUUCAUGGUGUCGACUCUUCAGAUUUGGGCGAUGUCGCCGCCAUGGCCUACACGUUGACCAAGAAUUACAGGAUUUUCAAUGAAGUAAAGAAGGUGAUUGAAUCGGUAGGGCAUAUAUCUGAACUGGAUACUAAAAAGACUUUGUCGGUUCAUUCAACGGAGUCAAAUGUGUAUGACUUGGAGAGUAUUGACCCGUCUGAAGAUGAAUCCGAAGAUGAGGAAGCAAAGUACAAUCUAAUGAACCUGAAGAUGCCUGUAGGAAUGUCAACUAAGGUGAAAGGAAAGCAGCCUCUGGAUGCUCCUUUGAAAAAGACCUGGACUGGCACCAAGGCUCUGAAGUCAAUUUUGAACUUCACAAACUAUCUGAAUAAAGAGCACACUGAACUGCUACAUAUUACAGACUUCAAUACUGUUGUUGUGUCCAUUGCAAAUACAUCUAUAAAGCAGAAAUCUUGGGAAAAACUAAUUCACAGGGAAUUUCUGCCCUCAUACCGGCCCUGGUCGUGCCUCAAGUUUGUAUGGAACAACGCGUCUUUGGGAUGGUACGAGAGCAUUCUUUGGGGACUCAUUUAUAACAGCAAUGAAAUCAUUCACAGAAACAAGGUUCUUUUAGAUCUAAACAACUCAAUUUCAGCAAUUACCAAGGCAACCUCAGAUUGGAGCUUCGGGAUGUGGAAGUCUCCAAGAGCAGAGUCCACAUACCCUUCAAUUGAAAAGCAGGUAGAAAGAGCCUCAAGUUCGAUGGUUGACACCGGAACUUGGAAUGGAACAUACGUCAAAACAUUUAGAAUCAAAGGCUCAGGUCAACACUCAAAGUUAUUGAAUCACAGAGGUGCAAUAAAUACCAUGACAGACUCCUUGGUAAAGAAGAUUAGCGAUUUCCGAAUCUCUAGCCCAUCUGCCAAUGGGCCAGCCUCCCAGCAGCAUCAAAAUCCACACCCUGAAAGCCAUCACAACUUGGCUGAGACUGUCCAAUUAAAAGUUACCCCGAGAAAUUAUAUUCAUAGGAAAGACUCUACUCUUUCAACUCUUUCAACUCUUUCAACUUAG